ACUACCGAGGAGGCAAGCAGCUUCUCCUUUCCUCCUCCUGGACUGGGGAAGCAGCGAUGAUGGUCUGUGCUGCUGUUGCACAGAUCGCCAUUCCCUCUUCGCCACGCCAGCAUCAGGAAGCGUUGACAGACAUGUAUUGGCCUUCCCGGCACCAAGGCUUCUGACUUCGGUUGGACCAUUGAUCUGUAUUGAUCAAUGGGUUGGAUGCUCCAGUCUGUCCCUACCAAACCUUUGCCCGGGGGUGGUCGCAGUCCAUCUACUACCGUUGUUUUAUUGUGCAUCUACUAAUAGCCAUUUUCAUGUUUCUGAAGUGCUAACAUAAACGCUGUAUUGGGAGGGUGGAGCUAAUGUAAACACAAGGUUGGGAGGGCAUUGCCACCGGCAGCUUAUUUGCAUAAACUGCUCGUUCAGAAGAGAGCUCACAACAGGCAGAACUGAAAAGAGAUAUCUCACUAUCUGAGAUUUAUUUUGUGAAUUAAAUCAAAUGAACAUGUUUUGUGUAGCCCACAGAUGUAUCCUAACUAGUUCAAGGACCCCAUAAUAGGUCCUCUUUAAUGUACUUUUUGUACAAUUAUUUUAUUCUUUUGCAAUUUUUUUCUGGCAUUCUUUUCUUUCCAUACUCGAGGCCUCAGGUGCUUACAGGUAAAUUUGCAUACAGCCAUUUCAUUUUUUAUAAUGCACCCACACACAUAUGUACGCUGUUGUCGGGACUCUGUCUGCAGUCUCCAGGCUGAUCUGCAACAUGGCUUCACGUUUCUGUCUGCUGUGUGUUUGGUGCCUGGCGUUCAGGCUGAGCUGUGCUGUGGACUCACCUGAAUGGUUUAAGAACAUUUCUACAAACCUCUUCAGUUUAUCAGGAGACAUAACACUCGGAGGGCUUUUUCCGAUUAACCUGCAAUCCAACAAUACCAGUCCCAUACUGGAGCCMAACAGCAUCAAAUGUGAAAGUUUAAAUAAAGUCGGACUGGGCCUUGCUUUGGUAAUGAAGUAUGCCGUCGAUGAGAUCAACGGAAACCAAACUCUACUUCCAGGCAUUAAGUUAGGUUAUAAAAUCUAUGACACAUGUAGACAGUCUUUCAUUGUUGUGAAGCCCACUAUUUCCUUCCUCACUGCAAAAACAAGCAACGCUCUUGAGGUGGAAUGUAAUUACACCGACUAUGAGACGAGUAUUUCAGCAGUCAUCGGUCCUUACACGUCAGAAAUGGUUUCAGUCAUUGGAAAGCUGCUGGGGUUUUUUCUAAUGCCACAGAUUAGCUAUGGUGCCACCAGUGACAAAUUCAGCGACAAUCUUCUCUACCCAUCAUUUUUCCGUACGGUGCCCAGUGACAAAUGGCAGGUGGAUGCCAUGGGACGUCUGAUGAAUAAGUUUGGUUGGACCUGGGUGGCYGUGGUCGGCAGCGACGAGGAAUACGGGCAACGAGGUGUGCAGGAGUUUUCCAAAAUAGCAGAGAACAUGUCCGUCUGUGUUGCCUAUCAGGGCCUGAUUCCAGUUUACGAUGACCCCGAACCGGCUCUCAUAACCAUCAUUGAAAAUAUCAAAGCAACGGGGGUCAACGUGGUUAUGGUGUUUUCCCUCGCAGACCCAGCAUUGCUCUUUUUUACCAAGGUUAUCCAGAACAAUUUAACAGGUGUGUGGAUUGGUAGCUCCAGCUGGGCCAUCAACAAUCAAAUUACUUCUCUCCCAGGCAUCCAAGAAAUUGGCACAUUCAUCGGAUUCAUCGACAAUUUGGAUACUUUAGACUUACUAACUCCCUACACACAAGCGCUUCUCAAAAAAUUGAGUGAGGAGACGUCAAAUACGGCCCCUCAAGAACAACAACUGGGCUACCCCGACAACCCCUGCCCACAGUGUUGGAACCUGUCACCGGCUAAUAUCAGCUUGGUGACCGAUAGUGCUGUGAAGAGAAUCGCUUACGCCGUGUAUGCUGCUGUCUACACUGUAGCACAGGGUCUGCAUAACAUGCUGGAGUGCACUUCAAAUCAUUGUAACUGGGGAUCCAACAAUAAAAUCUAUCCCUGGAAGCUGUUGGAGGUUUUAAGAAACACUUCUGUCAACAUCAAUGGCACGAAAUUAGUGUUUGAUGAAAAUGGAAAUCCAAACAUUGGGUAUAGUGUGAUACAGUGGAACUGGAGUUCUUCUGGUGUGGCGUUCCGUGUUGUUGGAAGUUAUUUUCAAAAGCAGCUGUUCAUCAACAAAUCCGACUUAACGUGGCCCGAUGGAAAUGUUCCUAAUUCCACCUGCUCAGCACAGUGUCAGGAAGGUCAGGUUCGCAGAGUCAAAGGGUUUCAUUCUUGCUGUUACGACUGUAUCGACUGUCUGGAGGGCACAUACCAGAAAAAUGAGGAGGACAUCCAGUGCACUGACUGUCCUGCACGUCAGUGGUCUCUGAAGCGCAGUUCGAACUGCACCUUCCCCAUUUUUGAGGUUUUAGCAUGGAACACUCCUGAGGCGCUGCAGAUUUUGCUGGUAGAGAUUGUGCUGCUGAUAUGUCAGGUGUCCGUGUGCAUCCUGUUCCUGAUGCAUCGUGGGACACCGCUGGUGAAGGCCUCAGGGGGAGGCCUCUGUUUUGUGGCUCUGCUCAGCCUGAUGGGGGCCUGUUUGAGUCUGCUCCUGUUCCUGGGGCAGCCUGAUGACAUCGUGUGUCRUCUUCAGCUGCCUCUCAUUACCAUUUUCCAAACUGCUGCCAUCUCCAUUAUGCUGUCCAUCUCCCUGCAGAUAUUCCUGGUGACAGAAUUCCCAAAGCAGGUUGCCUCUCACCUGCAAACAUUGAGAGGUCCUGGAAGCUGGCUGUUUGUGCUGAUCUGCUGCACGAUCCAGGCGGGUCUUUGUGGCUGGUUUGUCAAGGAAGAAGACUCUCUGUCCAAAUAUAAGGCCAACAUGAUAAUAGAUUUUGUGAAGGCUUUUCUGGCUUGUCCAGUGUCCUCAGAGAAAUUUGCUGUGAUGCAGGGCUUCAACGGCGCAAUGGCCCUGGUGUCRUUUAUGUCAACUUUCAUGGCAGUGAAGCCUCUUCAUCAGUACAACCUGGCGAGGGACAUCACCUUUUCCACGCUGAUCUACUGUGUGAUUUGGGUUAUCUUUAUUCCAGUUUAUACAGGCUUGAAAACCUCCAGCUCUACUGGGUCAAAGAAUGUGUCGAUUGUUCAUGUCUAUUUUACCCUGGCAGGUAACUUAGGGUUGGUGGUUCCCUAUUUUUUCCCAAAAUGCUACCUGCUGCUGAGAAAACCUGACUUGAACAAACCAGAGCACUUCUGUACCUUCUUAGAGGGCGUCCCACCAACACCACAGGAAGAGCCACAGCCAAAAACAGACAAAUAAACUAGACUUUUACAUUUUAUCUAUUUUUUUUUUAUCUUACAAGUAAUGUAAACAUAUGACAUAGCUGACUAGCUGACAAAAUGUAGAGUGUUGUGAUGUUUCUUCUUAAUUUUGGGAUAAAAAGAAUUUCCCAGUAAGAAAAAGCAUACCAUUUGUUUUGUUGAUAAUAAUGUUACCAGUUACACUGAAUAUUAUUUCUUAUGAUAUUAAACAUUG